CAGCCUUGGACAGGCAGAUGAACAUUGUUUCCAGUUACAGAUUGUCGACAACAUGGCAUUUGUGUACGACCCAUUCUCAAUGGAUGGACCAGGCGAAUCUCUCUUGAUGGACUGGGGCACCCCGGACGCCAACGAGGCAGUCCGUGCGUACAUUGUCAAGAAACGCCCUAGAGACCGUGUUCUCCACACUUUCACCUUUCCCGCGAAAAGGGGAGUUUGGUAUUAUAUUGGCGCGCACGCAUGGAAUGUGAAGGAUCUUUUUGAAGUCUGGCCUACUCUGGGUGAUAGGCCUAAGGAAGUCGUUACCGGGAAACUGCAGAGACGCUGCAACCGCAGGCACUCUCAGCAAGAAAUUGGUUCUAUGAUUCAAGACGGGCGGCUACAGCAAUUCUGUGUUGAAGUGAGCAGUCGGUCAUUGAAUGCUCUUAGUCGAGAAUUCGCGAAGACAAGUUUAGGUUUUGAAGGAGUGGAUGUUGCACAGUGAUUUUGACGAGAUCUUGAUAUAUCUUU